AAAGCAGGGAAAGGGAACCGUCAACGUCAACUAAUAUACUGUGAGCAAGUAGCUAGCAUCGGCUAAAUAAGUUUUUUAAAAAGCUAUAUACAGGCUAAUUAACACCAGUUAAACAGCUAGCGAGCUAUCGGAAUAUUUAUCUAUGUAGUUAGAUUAGCUUCGGUUUAGCUAACGUAAGCUAGUUAACAUGGAGGUUUUACGUCCAUCACUUAUCAAUAUAAAAGGAAGAAUAUACCGAAGGAAUAUCAUUAAAGAGGAACAGUAUGAGGAAGAAGAAAACUUCUCCUACACGGGACCACCAGAGAGUGAAUACCUUGCAGAAGAUGAAACCUGUGAUUCCUACUGCAUUGAACAGACUGAUAAAGGAUUCCGGUGUGCCAUUGAUGUCCCAAGUGUUCUAUACAAAUACAUCAUUGGGAAAAAAGGAGAUACACGCAGACGUCUGGAGUUUGAUACAAAGACAUCUAUCAGCAUCCCAAAACAAGGAGUGGAAGGUCAAGUCGUCAUCACAGGUUCUCAUAGGGCUGCAGUGUCAUCUGCAGUCACACGAGUUGAGCUACUCGUUGAGAGUUUCCGUAAAAAGCAGCCUUUCACGCACUUCCUGUCGUUCCCUCUGAAUGAUCCCAAAAUUCAAGAAGGAUUCCUGAAAUUUAAAAAAGAGGUGUUACAACAGUGUUCACAGGAUCAUGGAGUGGAGGAAAGCAUCUUUCAAAACCCUGCAAAGCUUCACCUGACAAUUGGCACCUUGUCUCUUUUAAAUGACAUGGAAGUGAGAAAAGCAUGUGAGGCCCUUCAAGAGUGUCAAAAUUCCAUGAGGGACCUCACAGAAGGAAAACCUCUGCCACUAGAGGUGACAGGUAUAGAGUACAUGAAUGAUGACCCAGCCAUGGUGGACGUCUUGUAUGCCAAAGUCAAUGUGAAAGACAGAUCUGACAAGUUGCAGGUGAUUGCGGACCGGCUGGUGGAGCACUUUGUGUCAGCAGGACUGAUGGUCAAAGAGUGGGACAGAGUGAAGCUGCACGGCACCGUGAUGAACACUCUGUUCAGGAAGGAUUCCACAGUUGAAGACAGGGACGGCCCAGGAAGACAAACCAUGAGUGAAAGAGAGGCUUUUGAUGCCAGAAACAUAUUACAGAAAUUUGGCGCUCAUCAUUUUGGAGAGUUUGAGCUGAAUACCGUCCUGUUGUCCCAGAGAUAUUCGGCUGAUUGUACAGGUUACUACACCUCUGCAGGGAGCAUCACCUUCCAGUGAGAAUCACCUUGACUGAGCGUAUUCUGAGGUGAUCGAUGAAGUCGGCAGGAUGGAAAGCGUUCUGGCCGGAGAAGAAACCAUCAGAUGGGGAACACGAAUGGAAAUUAGCAUCUGUUUGGGUUGUGUUUUCUCUCACGGUGGCAGGAUGUUCUUCAUUUUAACAUUCUGUUUUUAUUUGGCAGGAAUAAAUAAAUGUAAAGCAUCCAUCCAUG